CUUUCCUGGCAGCUUGUAAGAGGAAGAAGAGGCUUCUAAUGCUCUUUUUUUGCUGUGAGAGGAUAGGGGUCUGCUGAUAAUUGUCUGAGAUUUCAAUCUGAUGGUAUUCCAGAAAAUGAUGAGGAUCAGGGGUUGGCUGAUUGGGCGUGGAAGAAGCAGCCUUAUUGUGGCUCUCCUGUGGGCAGCAUUCGGAAUAAAAGCUGCAGGAUGUGACAUGCUUGAAAUCAUUUACCCAUCAGCCAGCCUUAUUCUUAAAGAAGGAGAUCCCCUCACCUUGAAUUGCACAGUGUGGCAUGAACAGAAACAGUCUUCAGAUCUGAAGGUAUACUGGUGUAAACGGGUGGAAAAUCAGAGCAGCUGUGCUAGAGUUGGCAAAGAGCUGGAACGCUUGCUAUCAACAGAGAGCUUAAAUCCCCAAGCAAGGGUCAGCUUGUCUCUGCUUCUGCAGAUUCAUAAUAUCAGCCGUUCAGACAGCGGUAGUUACCAGUGCAGAGCCAGUGCAAAUAACCAGACUGCUGUCGGUCACUAUAUCCGAGUGAAAGUAACAGCAGAAGAAUUAAACCUUGUGAGUUCUUUGAACACCACAGGGAGUCCAGAGGCUAUCUCCCAAGGCAGCAAAACUCCAAGGAUGGAUUUCUGGCUGGAAAAGACAUGGGCACUGAUCAUGAUACUCUGGCUGACCCUUUCCUAAACGGGCACAUGUGAUGAAGAUACGGUUUCUGGUGCUUGGGAAGAUUCCUCUAAACGGCAGAGUAAAAGUUAACAGACUAAACUUCUAUAAAGUUGUAAUAGCAAAUUCAUUGUAUUGCACAGGACUGCACUUCAGCGUUUCAUGGAACACUGUUCCCGAAGAAGGAUUUUCAGUGGUUUAAUGUGUGAGCACCUGGACGCCAGCUCUGCAGGAUUAUUUAUUGUUUCCUACGCUACUGGUUAACCUGUCAACACCCCUCGUCAGACAGCGGGACUCUCACACUCAUCAGCGAAAUUCUGUAGUCUCUGAUGUCAGUCUUGUGUGUUUUGUCUCUACUAUAACUGAGGAUGGAUUUCUCAGUGUAGAGCAUUUAAAGGGCAGGAAGGGAUUUCUUUCCAUGUCUUUUUUUCUGUACCUAUCCAGAGAGAUCUUCUAGCACUCAUUGCCUCAACCUGCUACACUCCCUCUUUAAAGAAAGAUUCCACAGUGCUGCUCUUCUGUGGCCAUUCUGUCAUCUGCAUUGUCUUCUACCAUGUUCUGUUCUACCACCUACUCAAUCUGGGGUGCUUUAAGGAUGCUGGAAGCUCUUAUUUAAUCCCAAGCAAUGGUGGGUAGAAUUCUGUAAACAGGGUUUUGCAGCUUUUAUAGCUUUAGGAUGGAUUCCAAUUGGAUUUAUAGUGUAGGUCAGUUUGGGGAAUUGGAAAGAGAGGCCCUCUAGGGAUUAGCUCCUAGAUAAUUGUUUGUUAGUUUAGGCCCAAAAUUGUGUGUGUAUGUGUGUAGGGAGAGGGAACAAUAUAAGUCUUUUUAAAUUUCAGUUACAACUUCUUUGGGGAGCAAUUGAACAUCCCCCGUGUGUACAUGUGGGCUUCUCAGAGCAGGGAUCACACCUCCUUCUCUGUUUGAAAAACUAGCACACUGUGAGUAUUACCGGAAAUAGCUAAAUAAUAACUGUAACCCUAAGCUCAGCAGCAGUGGGAAUAGUGCAUGAGAACUUGAAAAUGAAAAUGACUAAAGAUUUAAAGACUAAAGAUUAAAUAGAAUGUUCUACAAAAAGAGACCAUAAAUGUGCAAAUUAUUUUUUUUAAAUUCUUCAGUUUUAAUAAUUGUAGGAUUUUUAAAUGCAGUAUUUUAUCUUGACUGUAUGCUUUUAAAAACAGAUGGCUUUUUUGCAGACAUAAUUCUAUAAAUCUGCUUUUAGGCGGAAUAGAGAGCUCCUUUUAGACACAAUGUUUGCUACCAAAUCUAUGUGGGAAACCGUGGUGUUUAUAUCUGUUGGCACACUCGUGAGCAUGAUGCCUCUUGGUAUCUUUGUUUCAAAGUCCAUGAGUAGCUGCCCUGAUGUGGGUAUUUGAUAAGCAUUUCUGACCUAUGCCAUGUUGUAAUAGUUGUGUGUGCUGCAUGGAAUGUAAAGGCAGAGAAUUAUCCUAUAAAUGAAUAAAAUAUAUAAGUCA